AUGGACACCUACGGGUUUUUGUACAAUGAUCAUAUUGAUCCAUCCAAUCCUUCUCAGAAUUUGAUUACAACUGAUGAUGAUGAUAACGGUGAUCACCAGUUUCGAAUCAGUCGUAAACUACGAUCCGGAAACACAUAUGUUUUGGUUGUGACAACAUAUAGUACGGCUAUUACAGGAAGUUUCUCAGUCACAGCGUUUGGCCCAGCAUGGCUUAGCUUGACGUCAGCUCAUCAAUCAUGUGGCGGUUUGGUGACAUGUGAAACUGAUCGUUCUGCUUCUACAUUGAGUCCAAUACAAAUUAUGGGUAUUACUUUUAGUUGCAUUAUAUUAUGUGCUAGUAUUGUUAGUAUUUUGGCUUAUCGUAAAUCAUUUAAACUUGUUGAAUUUCAUGGACACACAAUUCCUGCUAUGCUUCUAAAAGAAAAAGAUUAG